UGAUGGUGUAUAAGAUGUGGGACAAUGCCUUUCUCACUGAUCAGCCUUCUUUCAUCUCAUUCUCAGCAACAGUCUCACCACCAGUCGUUCUCAUCGCUCUUUCUCUUCUCUUUUUGCUAUCGAAGAUACCCGGCCUUUUACCCGACCUACAUACAUCUUGUUUUCUAAUUCUAUCAAAAUGGCCACUCCUGCUCCCCAAGCCGCUGCUGCUGCUUCCACCCAGGCCGCUGGCCUCAUCUCCGACGCCGACGUCGCCGAGUGGAAAGACAAGUUCAACAAGGUCUUCGCCGCACCCUCAGAGCACUUCAACUCCAAGUCGCCGGCCACCGCCCAGCCAUGGACACACAACUUCUGGAAUUUUAUCAACCCGCUCGAGACAUGUCUUAUGACUUGGUGCUUGCCAUGCGUGGUGUUUGGCAGGACGCAUCACAGGGUCAACAAGAGCGCCGGUUUGAGAGGCUAUGAGCCUAUCAACACUUCGUGCCUUCUCUUCUGCGGUUCAACAGCCGUCUGCAUGCAAUGGCUUCCCAUGGCAAUUCAGAGAGCGGAUUUCAGAGCCAAAUACAACCUUCAGGGGAGCUGUGCGGUGGACGUUGCUUUAGCGUGCUGCUGCAGGUGCUGUGAUAUUGUGCAGAUGGAUAAGGAGGCUGAGUUGAGGGCUUCUGGGGAGCAGAGCCAGAAUGGGGUUCAGGAGCAGUAUAAAGCUGCGGAGGUCAUGGUUGUGCCUGAACAGAAGCAGUAGACGGACGGAGCGAUGUGCAUGACGAGAUACUUGGGGAAUUUGCUGAUGGAUAAUGGGUUGCGGCUUAGCUAUGAUACCUCUGCUAGUUUGUUUGUGUUUGUUUGUUUUGGUCAAGAACAUAAUACUUUUCUCUAGCUCUUCAGAUAU